UUGGGCAAGGUGGCCAUGGAACUAUCCAAAUGGCACAUUGGCUAAAUGGGAAUGUAAGGAGAUUGGAUCAUAAAAAUCGUGCCUGGGAAAGGUUUCCAGGAUUUACAGUUGCUUUAAAGACCCUUCGCAACUCUCGAAAUCCAUCUGAGGAAUUCCUGAAUGAACUAAAAGCACUGCAUAAAUGCGCCAAUGAGAAGCUCACACACGUAGUUUCGGUAUAUGGAAUCUCCCAAAAUCCGUAUACAAAAGAGUAUAUAAUUGUGAUGGAAUAUAUGAAUAAAGGUCAUAGACCCCCGAUACCAGAUGGUAUUCCAACACCCUACAUUGAGUUAAUAAAUGAAUGCUGGGAUAGUGAACCUCGCAAUCGACCUUCUGUUGAAGAAAUCCGAAAUAAAAUAAAUAAUUGGUACUAUGAAACAAAAAAACCACAAUCGGUAAUUGGUACCAUAUUUUCAGAUGCUGAUAUGAAAU